UUAUCAACUGAGCAAUUAGAAGCCAUGUCUAAAGGUCUAUCUUGUAUCCUAGAUCUUGGUGAGCCAGAGAAAGAAGGCACCUUAAGAUAUCUUUUUUCUGAUGAUCUGUGGACAAAAUUAACUGCAAAAUAUACUAAUCUUUUCAAAGCUGUUCCUCCAGUCAUUGAUGUAUCAUUGGCAGAUAAAUGGAGCUACAUUAUCAACCUAUAUUGUCAUCAAAAUGGUAUUCGCAAGACAAAGAAAUUCUUAAAUCAGUUAAAGAGCCAAGACAACUUGAAGGAAACAGAUGAAAAAGUUUUUGAUUUCUAUGAAGAGAUAUUGAUUCUAGUAGAAUCGAAAGAGUUUUUGCUGAAUGCAAGGAAUGCUUUAAAAGUUUCUGAACGAGAUUAUGUCUAUCAAAUAUGGUUGCCUUUGCUCACCAAAUUAUAUUACAACCAUGCGAAUAUCAUUGGCUUCAAAACUGAUAUGCGUAUCAUUGUUGAUUUUGAUGAAGAAGAGUUUGACUUGGUAUGUGGUGAAGGCUGUUUACGUGACGCAACAAAUAAAAAAGUAUGUAGUGAUUUGAGCAAACUUGUAAGGGAAGGAAAAGAA